GAAAGCUUCUCCCCCUCCAGAUGGGAGGAGAGCAUAGUGACCAGCCAUACCUCCCGCUCCCUCCCCAGGCUGGCCAAUCACCUCCUCAUCUCUCUGGGAGGGGGCACCAGCUAGCUCUUUUUAGCCAAUGAGAAAGGAAUCCCCCCCCCAGCCUCCACAAGUCCUGCUGAGGGGGGGCGGGGAGGAGAGGUUUAAAAUCCCAGAAGUAUCUCCAUCCCCUCCCCAGUGAGUCCCAAUGACAAGCAGGUCUGGGCCUGAUGCUAGGUGCUGGGCUCCAGGGCUUUGCGGUGGGAUUCCCAGAGGGAGGCAGAGAGGAAGCCAGACACCAUGAGCUCGGUCCCCAGCCACCAGUGGCUGGACCAUGUCUUCAGUGCGGUGGAGAGUGAGUUGGAAAUGGGCCCUGAGAAAGAGGAUGUCUCGGAGAGGGAGAUCAAGGUGGUGCUGGAGGAGAAAGAGCUGUGGAUGAACUUUAAGGAGCUCACCAAUGAGAUGAUAGUCACCAAAACUGGCCGGAGAAUGUUCCCAGUGCUGAAGGUCGGCAUCUCGGGCCUGGACCCCAAUUCCAUGUACUCUAUCCUCCUGGACUUUGUGGCUGCAGAUGGGAACCGCUGGAAGUAUGUCAACGGGGAGUGGAUUCCUAGCGGCAAGCCUGAGCCCCAGAGCCCGGGCUGCGUCUACAUCCAUCCCAAAUCCCCAAAUUUUGGGGCUCACUGGAUGAAAGCCACCGUCACCUUCAGCAAAGUCAAGCUCUCCAACAAGAUGAAUGGAGGGGGGCAGAUCAUGCUGAACUCCCUCCACAAGUAUGAGCCCCGCGUCCACAUCGUGAAGGUCGGGGGGCCUCAGAAAGCAAUCAGCAGCUUUGCUUUCCCGGAGACCCAGUUUAUUGCCGUCACUGCCUAUCAGAACGAGGAGAUCACUGCCUUGAAAAUUAAACAUAAUCCUUUUGCAAAAGCCUUCCUGGAUGCCAAGGAGAGGUGCGAGUCCAAAGACGUUCUGGACCCCAGCAACGAAGCUCAUCAGUCUGGCUAUUCACAGCUUGGGGGUUGGUUUCUGCCAGGCACCAGCUCUUUUUGUUCCUCUCCUGCCCAGUCUGCGUUCUCAGGCAGUCCUGGCCUCUCGUCUGGCCACAGCUCAUACUGCGAGACACACUCCAGCCUGCGGAACCAGAGGGCCUCCCCUUAUCCGAACCCAUACAGCCAGAUCAACGCCUCACCGACUAAUUAUGUAGAUAACUCCACGGGCCUCUCCAUGGUGCCUGCCCCUGACAGCUGGCCUGGCCGGAGUCUCUCCAGCUCUAUGGGGGUUCUACCCGGCACUUCCUCUACCACAAGUCAAUAUCCCAGCCUGUGGUCCGUCACCAGCAACUCUAUCAGUCCUGCUCCUCAGUCCAGCUCCAACCCCCAGUUCCUGAGAGGAUCUUCGGUCUCUUAUAGCAGCUUGGCCUCUGCUAUAUCAGCCCCCUCCACAUCCCCAGUCUACAACAAUGCUCUGGCAGAGGUGCCCUCGAGUGAUGGUCAGUGUGACUCCGCUAUCCCCCGUCUGGCAUCCACUUGGGCAACAGUCACUCAGACUUACUGACACUGAGAAGCUGCCCUCUUCCAUCUGCAAAAACAACUGGAAAGAAGCUGGCAGAGGGCAAAGAAAGGGGCAGCUGCACAAUGGUGUGAACCUCUCUACUCUCACAGAACAUAGCUGAUUGCAUAAUCCUACAAGAUGAGAACAUGUCUAAGAACCUCCACUGUUUAAAGGCU